AGAAGGCUGCGUUGCCAUUGUAAAAUGUCUAUAUAUAUACACGAGGCUCAAAAGACCAUAGAUUUGUGAAAAAUAAAUUCACAGGAAAGAUCCGAGCAAAAAUGCCAGGAAUUAAGAAAGUCACGUUGUUAUUAUUUCUAACGGUUAACAUUAUAUUGGGAUCUGAAGUUUCAGAAUCUCAGCCAUGUGGAAUCCCAGCAGAUGUUGCCUUUUUAAUCGACAGUUCAAGGAGUAUCAAUUCAAAAGACUAUGCUAAACAGAUAGAGUUUGUACAAGAAAUGGUGGGAAUGUUUGAAAUCGGGCCAGAUGCCACACACAUUGCAGCUCUGACAUUCGCUGAUAAAACUGCCGUUGAAUUCUAUUUUGGCGAGUACGAAACCUCAGAAGCCGCAAAGGAAAGGAUUGGGAACAUUGCGCAUGCAAAUGGAGGUGCUACAUACACACAUAAUGCUCUAAAGUCAAUGCGCGAAGAUAUUUUCACUGUUGAAAAUGGUAUGCGUACUGGAGUGCCAAAAAUAGGGAUCCUACUAACUGAUGGAAGAUCUACAAGUGCAUAUCGUACACAAAAAGAAGCCAAUCUGACCAAGGCAGCCGGUAUUAACAUAUUGGCUGUCGGCAUAGGAAGUAUAAAUCGUAACGAACUUGAAACUCUUGUUUCACCGCCAUCAGAUAAAAACUUUUUGUACAGAAAGAGCUUUGACGAACUAAAAUCAGAAGCAACAAAGAAACUGGUGGCACAAACUGCAUGUGCAGUCAUCGAGACGACAACAACAACUACCACCACCACGACGCCCACCACGACAACAACAGAACCAACAACGACGACGACAACAACAACAAAGAAACCUACGACUACCGAACCACCACCAACUACUUCAGACAUGAUGAUGGCAGACCAAGCAGCUCUAACUUGCCAGGGGAAAGAAGCCGAUGUUAUUUUGCUUGUCGAUAUGUCCAGUAGUAUCUGGUCAAAACAUUUCGACGAUGAACUUCAUUUCCUUGCCGAUCUUAUUGGAAUAUUUGACAUUGACAGUGGGAAAACAAGGGUUGGACUGGUAGCUUUCAGUGACAAUGCCGAACCGAAGUUCUACCUCAACGAUUUCAAGAACAAUGAAGAUAUUAGAAAUGCUAUCCUAAAAGUUAAAUCUGAAGGUGGAAUAACUAACACCCACCUUGCUUUACAGACAUUAAUUCAAGAAAUGUUGAAAGCAAAACAUGGUUCCCGGCCUGAUGUAGCGCAUAUCUGUAUUCUGAUUACUGACGGGAGAUCCAGCAAACCGGAACUAACGUUACCAGAAGCUCAACUUGUACACAAGUCCGGCGUCAAUGUGUUUGCAAUUGGUGUUGGCAAUAUGACAGAUUUUGAUGAAUUGAAAUUGAUGGCGUCAAAACCAGAGUUUGCUUACGAUGUGGACAGUUAUGACAUGUUGAAAUACAUACGUUACCUUCUGGCAUAUAAGGCUUGCGAAGUGCCACAAGGUGACCAGCCACAAUGUGCGAAAAAUCUAAAGGCUGACAUUAUGUUCGGUUUAUAUGGAAUCGGGGGCGAGGAUAGAAACAAGGUGACGGACUUUAUGAAGAAGGUAGGUGGCGCUUUUGAUCUUGAGUCCGGAAACGUGAAGAUCGGUCUGAAUGAGGAUUGUGGAAAGGCAAUGAUAAAACUUCAAGAAUUCGGAGACAAGGAAUACUUUAGUACCACUGUUGAUGAAGUCAUGGGAACCGAAAUCUCAACGCUGCUUGGUAACCUGCGUAGAAGUUUUGGGUUUUCUAGAAAGGAUGCAGACAAAGUGGUUAUACUGGUCGUGUCAGGAAAGCUCGAAGGUGUGGAAGAAGAGGAGUUCUACGAAACUGUACAGAGAUUCAAGCAUGGUAACCGAGUCAUCGUUGUCGGCGUUGGUAAAGGCACUGACAAGAGUCAACUCGAGAAAUUAGCAACUUAUAAAGACAAUAGUGAACCUGAUGAUUCUCACGUGUUUAUGGUCGACGAUUCUGAUGAUUUACUGUUUGAGGUCAAGAAAAUACAUCAUCUCAUGUGCAAUGCUCAGUAAACAUGGAAACAUAGAAAAUCGCAUUGUUAACCCCCGCACCUUACACGGUUUCCUGUGACUACAUGUCCAAAUUUGGGACAAAAUCAUAAAAGCAUAUAGGAUUUAAAAAGUUUGUAUCAAUGAUUUAUUGACACGUGUGACUGUGUGUUAGUUAAUAUACUUCUUUUGUGUAACAUUCCCAUCUCGUCCAUACAACAGAAACUUAUCUCAUUGCUACUUGUAGAAUGUACAUUGAUGACCAGUCAUGAGAAUCGACUGUGAUUUGCGCAUGCGCAAUGUAUAUUCGUGAAUAAAGUUAUUGUUCUUUCGUAAA